AUGGCGGACCAAAUUGAUGUCCUCGUAUAUGGAUUGGGAGCGAUUGGCUCCUUCUAUGCCUUUAUCUUGAGUCGCUCUGAGCGUGUGCAACUGACUGCCGUGGCACGUUCAAACUAUGAAGCUAUUCAAGCAAAUGGAAUUACUAUCAAUAGCCAGAAUCAUGGCCAGAAUACCUUUCAUCCACACCGAGUGGUGAAAUCUGUCACGGACAUUUCGCCAGUCGACUAUAUCGUGUGUGCUCACAAAGCAACCGAUCAAGAUGAGGUAGUAGCUCAGCUACAGCCAGCCAUCCACAGCAGGACUACCAUUGUAGUCAUUCAGAAUGGCGUUGGUAACGAGGAACCAUUCCGCAAGCGGCUCCCUGACAACUCUAUUAUAACUUGUGUGACGUGGGUAGGAGCCACGCAGACAAGCCCUGGAAUUGUCGCACACACCAAAUCCGAGGAUAUGCAGAUCGGCUUAUUUCCCAACCCCAAGGUCGAAAACCAAGUCGAGAAAGCACGCCUUGAUACAUUCGCCGAUCUCCUCCGGAAUGGCAAGACCCGGUUCCAGGUCCUUGAAGAUAUGCAGAUCCAGCGAUGGGAGAAGGUGGUUUGGAACGUAGCAUGGAACUCGUUGACGACCCUGACGAUGGUGGAUACACAGUCGUGGUUGAAGUCUUCAGAAGAUGCGACGCCUUUUACACGCCAAUUGAUGCAGGAGGUCAUUAACAUCGCCCGUGGCUGUGAUGUUCCGCUGAAGGACGGUCUGAUUGACCAGCUUAUGGACAAAAUCAAUGCCAUGCCCGGAAUUGGAAGCAGCAUGCAGACAGAUUGUAAAAGUGGACGGCCAAUGGAGAUCGACGUUAUAUUGGGCUUCCCGGUGCGGAAAUCUCGAGAACUCGGCAUUCAAGCCCCCUUUUUGGAGACUUUGCACGUUCUUCUUCGGGCGGUUGAUGGUCGACUCAGGGCCGCGCGGUAG